AUGUUUCAGGUUGCAGCCCAUGUUUUCGACCAGAUACUAAUGCCAGCUUAUGCAGUUGAUAAUGCCGGUACAUUCAACACCUUGGUGGAUAUCAAGCUGAAGCACUGGGCUGAUAAAGAUCUUGCCAGCAAAUCGAUCCAGACUGGCUGGGAUACAUUGUCGGAGCUGUUCAAGCAACAAGUGGAAACGGAUGCGAAACAACGAAAAGCUGAAGGUGACGAAAUAUUCGACAGGUUAAAAUCGGCAGUUUUGGAAGCUGCUUUGAAUGAACACCAUUGGGAUAGCAAAGCAAUGGAUUAUUUGGUGAGUUUCAUCUGUUGUUUUUAUAUCUGA